GGCGGAUCGCCGAUUUUCGUGUAAGCCCCGCCCACCAUGACGACGGUAACUAGCCCGACAUUAAACGCAUAAACAACAUGGCGCGGAUCAUGUCGUUAAAGGACAUACCAGACGAUUUUUCCGCAUCAUACAUGUUACAUACACCGUCCCUUCGGCAAAAACAACAGGCUGCCGCGUUUAUGAAGGAAUCCUAUGUUAAAUCAGUCAAAUUAUAUGCACAAGAGCGCGAAAAUAUGCUAAUAAAAGCCGAAGUAUAUCGGAGUCAGAGGAAAACGGAGGACCCACACAAGAUCAACAUUGAGGCAACUUUGAUGGGAAGAAAUUAGACGAUGCACAUUGCAGUUGCAAAGCUGGUAACUCGGUGCAUUUUACCAAUGUUUGUGUUUCCAGUUACUUGCUAACUAAAGGGUGCACAUACCAGGGAGGCAGGCCAAUGUGCACAUGUCUUAGCUGUUAUCAUGAUUCUGGAGCAGUGGAAGAUUUCUGGUUUUGUUGAAAUUCCCUCAAUGCUGUCAUCAACUUCCCUACCCCAACAGUGGGAUAAGCCAAGAGGUGACAAGAUUCAACCAGAACCAGUGUCCCAGAUGAUCAUUUCCAACCCAUCAAACCUAAACAGAAAAAGAAAGCCAAUUGUGGCUUCCUUUGUGGACACACGGAAAACUGAAAUCAGUGAAAUGGAUAUGGAAAUCCUGAAAAAGUUUAAACAAGCCCCAAUUUCCUAUCUGGUAUCCACAGCAGCAGGACCAACUGUUGACACUCCAUUCGGUGCUCAUUACAUAGGAUUUCCUCUCAGCUAUCAUGCACCAUUGAUUUUACCUAUUACAAAACCCCGUGCAGCAGAAAACUGUGGAAGUACUGUGUUCCCAAAAGCCCUUCAUACCUGCGUUGACCUUGAAUGCAUUCAAAACCUUACACAUGAAUGGACUGAGCUGAAUUUGACACAGAGUGAUGCAAUUAAUUUGGAAAAAUCAACAAGAUCUCAGAGUCUGAACCAAAUAUGGCAUACAGAACGAAGUAAGAGAAUAACGGCAUCCAAUUUCGGACUAAUCAUAAGAAGAAAAAAAGACGUAAACCAGAAAUUUUUAAAGAACACAUUUCAAAAGAAUGAUUUCACAUCUUCUGCUACAUCAUAUGGUAAAGUGAAUGAACACAUUGCCAAGCAAAUGUACAUUAAGAAAACCGGACACCACCUUCAUGAUAUAGGAUUGAUUGUAAACACAGAACUACCAUUUCUAGGUGCUACUCCUGAUGGCAUAGUGUGUGAUAAGUCUGAAAGUGGCUUGAUUGAAAUUAAAUGUCCUUACUCUGUCAGAAACAAGACCAUCAGUGAAGCAUGUGAAACAAGAAAUGAUUUCUUCCUCCAAAGAAAUGGCGACACUUUCAGCUUAAAACAUGAGCAUUCCCACUGGUAUCAAGUCCAAGGACAGCUUCUAGUUACUGGAGCUCCAUUUUGUGACUUCAUUACAUAUACCAAACAAGACUUAUAUAUAGAAAGAGUUUAUCCAAACAAGUCUACUAUGGAUGUGUUAGUUCAGAAACUAGCUACGUUUUAUGUCCAACAUUUUAAGCCAUUUAUCCACAAAUGUGAUUCUGAUCUACAUGUAUAAUGUUGAUUUACCACACCAACUAUGAAAACAAGAAUGUGUUUGUACCUGACAUAAUAUGCCCCCUUCCCUCAUAACAACAAGGACACAAUAAACACUGACUCAGUGUGACAGAAAGAUUUGUUUACAGGUCAUUAAUAUCUUUGUAUGGUAGAUAUAUGUAGAGAGUCUUGGAGAUAAAAUUCUGUUUGCUGUCAUACACUUAAAUUUGUAUAUAAAUGUACUAGAUAAUUCAAAUUCAGUUGAGUGAAGUUCUCUUUACACUUUCAGUGAAGUAUUUACUUUUUUUUUUAUUUUGGUGCAUAGAUAUCAUGUCAUUUGCAAAUACUGAUCCUUGAUACUAAUAUUCAAUCAUAGAACAUAAUUACCAGGAAGAAUUGGGUUCACAUUUUCUGUUGUUGAUGCUUGAGAACUUGUAGUUGCAGUCGUUGAAACAUGUUGGAUUUCAGAAGAUGCCUUUAACACAUCACUGCCAGCUUCAUUGUGCUGAUUCCUUUGAUAUGGAUUACAAAGAGACAUUUUUCUUACAAAUAUUUUUUUAAAGAUGAAUUUUUUGUCAGACUGGGUAAAGGUUUUGCUUAAAUAUAGUACACUGUACAUGUGUUGUCAUUUUUUUUAAUGUGAGAAUAUUUACUUCAAAAUGCUUUAUCUUGCAGAUGUAUCAUGCAAUACUAUAUAUAUAUAUAGUUAUAAUUCAGGGUGUCAAGUCCCUAUUUAUUCCUAUAAAUUCAAAGGUUCUUAUAUAUACCCUACCAGUCAUUAUAAAAA